GCGCCACCGGGAACUGGAAGCCCAGGUAUGAGGCUGUUGGCUAGUGGGAUUCUGAUCUGUUCUCAAGUGCGUUUUUCUGUUUUUCCUCUAAUGGCCUUGAGUCGGCUUUCCUUGGCCUCUCUUCCUACGGAGUUUCCCGUUUCAUUUGCUUUCUGCUCAUUCUCCAACUUUGUUUACGACAAAGUUUGCUAGCCAGUUCUUAGAUCCUUCAUCUUCAGUUCGCUUGGAUCCAUUAACUUUACCUUUGGGCAGUUGGAGACCUCUUGUCGUGGUCAGGUUAGAUCCAUUUUACUUUAUUUUUUACCUUGAGAAAUUGACAUCGUCUUUUCCUGGCUAGGACAGUAGGGGACUCAACAGAACAUCUAUACAGUAUCCAUUCUAAAAGUAAGGUGGCUAAAUCUGAGCAACCGUCGUAAAUACGCAGGUUUUUAUUAUAUUUGAUAUUAAACAAGUUUGGGUAAUUUCAAAGGGUCAUUUGAAUACCAAGUGUCACAGUCUUUUGGACAAAAUAUAGUGAAUUCGGUUCAUCUCAUAGUAAAAAGAUUAAGGAAAUAUGUGUAGUUUUUUGUUUUUUGUUUUGUAAUUUGUAAUCCCAACAGUGGGAGGAAAAGAACCUAGCAUUAUUUGAACUUCAGUUCAAGGGGAGCCAAGCCUUCCAGCUUCACGAAUGACCGAGGUGUACGCAUACACACGCCAUACACAUAAAACAAAAGAACUACAGUGUGAGCCAGGCAUUGAUGAGAUCUUUUAAUCUGACUUUUAUAAUUCUCAAGACUAUGAAGUGAUUAUUGUAAUAGGGCCCACAGGCUCAGUAGUCAAGUCCAGUAUUGUGCAAUUUUUUGUAGCAAGAAACCUUGCCUGAGAUCCACCUAUGUGCAAUCCACUUCCUGAUUUUUAGUAAAAACAAAUGAACAACAACUGCUUCCCUACUGGGGUAUAAUUACAUGCUUAUGCCUUGCUAAUCCCUUCCUCAAGGUGUCUUCCACCAAGUAACCCAAAUUUUUGUCUAUUGUGUCUAGGCUAAUGUCACAGUCUUUGAGUUGUUUUGGUUGUCACUUAGUUUCUCCACAUCAGGACUAACUUUAGUCCAAAUCUAUGAAGAAAUGUUGACCCACACAUUAUAGUAAUGGCCUCUCUCUUCAUGGCUCCUGAAUGUUGAACCAAAUUUUGUCUGAAUGACAAUUGCUUUUCCUUUAAAUUUUGUGGAUCUGAAAAGAAAGUAAAGAACUACAUACAUAGAAUGGUUAGAUUGAAAGGCAUGGGCAAAGCACCAUAGUACUGAGAGUAUAGACUCUAGUUACUUGGGGACCCUAGGUGAGACAGAUUCAGACGGUCUUUCUUUCUCUCUCUCUUUCUCUCUCUCUCUCUCUCUCUCUCUCUCUCUCUCUCCCUCCCUCCCUCUCUCUCUCUUUCUUUAUUUCUCUCUGUCAUCUAUCUAUCUAUUUCAGGCUUGUACAAAUGGAUAGUGGAAAUUCAUAAAUAAAGAAUUUUGCAGGCCAUCAUGGCAGUCAAGUGGACUGGAGGACAUUCUUCUUCAAUCCUUUGCCUGAAUGCAAGUAAAGACGGGCUGGUGGCUUCAGGAGGAGAAGGUGGAGACCUUGUGGCUUGGGGUGAAGAUGGGACCCCUGUAGGACACAUGCAGUUGGAAGGGGCAGAUGAUGUUACCAGCAUCGUGUUUUCCGCUUCCUGCCCCACCAAGCUCUAUGCCUCCCAUGGAGAGUCCAUCAGUGUACUAGAUGUCAGGUCUCUCAAAGGGUGCCUGGACCACUUUCAUGUGAAUGAGGAAGAAAUCAAUUGUCUUUCAUUAAAUGAAACUGAAAGUCUGCUGGCUUCUGCUGAUGACUCUGGGGCAAUCAAAAUCCUCGACUUGGAAAAGAAGAAAGUUACCAGAUCCCUGAAGAGACAUUCCAACAUUUGUUCCUCUGUGGCUUUUCGACCUCAGAGGCCUCAGAGCCUGGUGUCAUGCGGCUUGGAUAUGCAGGUAAUGCUGUGGAGUCUUCAAAAAGCCCGACCUGUCUGGAUUACAAAUUUACAGGAGGAUGAAACAGAGGAAACGGAAGGCCCCCAGACCCCUGGUCGGCUCCUAAACCCUGCACUAGCCCACUCUAUCUCUGUGGCAUCGUGUGGCAACAUUUUUAGCUGUGGUGCAGAGGAUGGUAAAGUGCGCAUCUUCAGGGUGAUGGGAGUCAAAUGUGAGCGAGAAUUGGGAUUUAAGGGACAUACUCUGGGUGUAUCCCAGGUCUGCUUUCUGCCCGAGUCCCAUCUGCUGCUCACAGGAGGGAAUGACGGGAAGAUAAGGUUGUGGGACGUGAGCGGCAAAAUGGAGAAACAGCAGAAGAGUCCCGUGAAGCACAUCCACAGGAAGAAAACAAAGAGGGCAGUGCGCCCCACGCAGAGUGGGGACUCUAGAGCCCCGGGGGCCGAGGACGAGGGACUUGCAAAGCUUCUACCGAAGCUCGAUAUUGAACACGGAGAAAAAGUGAACUGGCUGUUGAGUACAAAAAUAAAAGGGAACCAAAGCAUAUUAGUGGCCGAUCAGACGAGUUGUGUGUCUGUGUAUCCCCUGAAUGAACUUUAGGUCCAAUAAAGUGCUUUGAAAGAACCGACAAA